AUCAAAUGACUAGCCUUUAGUAAUAGCUCCCUUUUCCCUGGUUAUUAUUAUAAAUAGGUUCAGCGAGCUCCCAGUGGUGAAUACAAGGAACUAAUAGUACAGCCAGAAGAAGAUGGGUAUGAAGGACAGCCUGCGCAAGACCUGACAGUCCUGACAACCACAGCCACGACAACGACAGCUAUUCGCACCACUAUUAGCCCAAGCAAAGGGGUUGCCAGCAUUACUACUCAGAGCCCUACCAUUACCAUGUCUACUGCCACCACCAACACCACCACUGUAGCAAAUGCUGAUGGUGAGGAAGCUACUGAAAUCGAUGAGCGGGGUAGAAGUCGAGGAAACCGCCGCAAACGAGAUUCUUUCUUUGGCACGCUAAAGAAAAGAUUUAGUCGAUCCAAAGUCCGAUCAAAGAGCAUGGAACCUGGCAGUAGAGAUUUAUCCAUGGAUCGGGAUAUGUCUGUAGGGCGUUCAGUAUCCAUGGAAAGAACUGCUAAUAGAGCCUCAGAGGAGGAGCACGAGAACCCAUCCCCCCUUCGGGACACCCUCUCACCACCCCCUGCUCACUAUCUCUACUUGUUACAUGCCCAACGUCUUCUGGCAGUCCCUGCUAGUGCAGGUGGAGACGGGGGCUCCACGAGGUCCUCCUUGAGUGAUGCUUCAGCCAUUAGUAGUUCCUCUACUCGUACAUAUGUGAAUGAGGCCUCCACACUCAUUGUUGAAACCCGAGAGAAUGGUGUAUUAAAACAUUACUUGAUUCCUCUAAGCCUACAACAAAAGAGUAAAUGGAGGAAGAAAGGACUUAAGCUCCAUGUCUUCAAUGAACAUACUUUUGUAGCCAAGCAUAUGUCCAGCACAACUCCAUGUCAAGUUUGUCAGAAGACUCUGGGGCGGAGGUUUGGCAAGCAAGGUUACGAGUGCAGGGAUUGCGGCUUCAAGUGUCACAAACCUUGUCAUGUGAAAACCGAUACUGUUUGUCCUAACUCUACUGUCAAUACCAUGGACCUUGAGUAUAUAAAGGAUCCCAGAGAAGAGAGAAAAGCCUGGUUGAAGAAGGUAAAAGCCAUGUGAUUUGUGCAGCCGAGCUCCACCCUCAAAUGCUCCCUUACUCUCUGCACAGAAGUAAUACCUAUUCCUAUGUAUGGAUAUUAAUGGCCAGAUCUAUGCAGAUUCAAAAAUAAAAUAAGAAAAAAAUAAAAUAAAAUGUAUGAUUAA